AAAACUGUCUAAUCAAAGAGCAAAGAUGCAGAGCACUUUGAAUUACCUCUGGCUGUUGUCUGACAUCCUAGGGCAGGGAGCUACUGCAAAUGUUUUCCGGGGCCGACACAAGAAAACUGGGGAUUUAUAUGCUGUCAAAGUUUUUAACAGUAUAAGUUUCCUUCGUCCUGUGGAUGUUCAGAUGCGAGAGUUUGAAGUAUUGAAGAAACUAAAUCAUAAGAACAUUGUCAAGCUGUUUGCCAUUGAAGAAGAGACAACAACUAGACACAAAGUAUUAGUUAUGGAAUUUUGUCCAUGUGGGAGUUUAUACACAGUUUUAGAGGAGCCCUCUAAUGCCUUUGGUUUGCCAGAAUCUGAGUUCUUAAUCGUUUUGAGAGAUGUGGUGGCUGGGAUGAAUCAUCUCCGGGAGAAUGGAAUAGUGCACCGUGACAUCAAACCAGGCAACAUAAUGCGUGUUAUUGGUGAAGAUGGUCAGUCUGUUUACAAACUGACAGACUUCGGUGCUGCAAGAGAACUUGAAGAUGAUGAACAAUUUGUUUCUCUCUAUGGCACAGAAGAAUAUUUACAUCCUGAUAUGUACGAGCGAGCAGUUUUGAGGAAAGAGCAUCAGAAAAAGUACGGAGCAACAGUUGAUCUGUGGAGCAUAGGGGUGACCUUUUACCAUGCUGCAACAGGGAGCUUGCCUUUCCGACCCUUUGAAGGACCUCGUAGAAACAAGGAAGUGAUGUAUAAGAUAAUCACUGGAAAGCCUUCUGGUGCUAUUUCUGGAAUACAGAAAGCAGAGAAUGGACCAAUUGAGUGGAGCUGGGAGAUGCCUGUUUCUUGUAGUCUUUCAAAGGGUCUGCAAGUACUGCUUACACCUGUCCUUGCAAACAUUCUUGAAGCAGACCAGGAAAAAUGCUGGGGGUUUGACCAGUUCUUUGCAGAGACGAGUGACAUACUGCACCGAAUAAUAAUCCACAUCUUUUCGGUACAGCAGAUGACCUUGCACAAAGUUUAUAUUCACAGCUAUAAUACAGCUGCUAUAUUUCAUGAGUUGGUCUACAAACAGACAAAAAUACCAUCUCAGAAUCAAGAACUGAUAUAUGAAGGUCGGCGUUUAAUACUGGAGCCUGGCAGAUUGGCACAGCACUUCCCCAGAACAACUGAGGAGAAUCCUAUCUUUGUAGUAAGCAGGGAACCUGUGAACAUUGUCGGAUUAAUCUAUGAAGAAGUUUUACUUCCUAAAGUACAUCAACGUUAUGAUUUGGAUGGGGAUGCCAGUAUGGCUAAAGCAGUAACGGGUAUCGUAUGUUAUGCCUGUAGAGUUGCCAGUUCCUUGCUGCUUUACCAGGAGCUGAUGCGAAAAGGAAUACGAUGGCUAAUUGAAAUAAUCAAGGAUGAUUACAAUGAAAUGGUUCACAAAAAAAACGAGGUGGUUAUCAGGCUGGAUUUCUGCAACAGAAACAUUGAGAAAGCUGAGAAAAU